CAUCUGGAGCGCCCACCCAAUCGCACCACAUUACAUCGUUCACUUCAUGAGUACCCAAUGAUGGUGAUGGUGAUUCGAGUAUCAUCAUCGAGCAGGAGGACGUAGCAGGAAAUGAUCAGCGGCGACCUGCCUGCCUGCCUGCCCGCCCGGCUGCCUACCUGCGUCUCCCUCCGUUUGCACCGAAACUGAUUUUAAUGAGGCGAGCCUCUGCCACUGUGACGCCUUUGACCCGUCGGGCGAUACGCGACGCCAUCGCCAUCGACGUAGAGCAUGAAAGAAGGGGAACGCCGAAUGGCAGGAAAGAAGUCGACGGUACCCGAAAUCGUAGAUGGGGGCGAAUGGAAAUCGGAGGAUGAUGUGGCCGCUCAGUCCGGGAGUAUCGAGAUUCGAGAAUCGAGAGCGAGAGAGACAAGUGUGGCCGCGGUUCCGAAAUGCGGAGUAUUUCUUUCGGUUGGUAUUGUACAAGGUGCAGGGAUCUGGGAUCGAAGAUCGAAGACCGUUUGCUGGGUCCGGGGCCGGGUCCGACAUUUAAUAUGCAAAUAAAUACUGCAUACGGUUGGAAUCUGAAGAAUUCCGAACGGUACAAGUCUUACAACCGAUGCAUGACAAUGGCGACGAAUAGAAAACGAGGUUGAGUGAGAACAUGAGCGCGAUGGUUGGAAAGACAAAGACGGAGACGGAGAAGCGUGCGGCCCGUUUGUCGCUCGCCGGGCUGCACUUCACCUCACACCUUCGAGUGGAGAUCUCUGCAACACAGAUUCUGCACUGGAGAAGUUUUCGACCAGCGCAUCGGGCAGUUCAUGACGGCACCUGUAACGGAUGCGAGCCGAAUCCUGAAAUGCUCGUCCGGCUUUUCUGCGGACGAUGUAUGCGCAAGAAAGGAUGAUGAACAGAAUUUAGGUAUUGCGCGACUGUAUUUGUCUGUUGCAUACCUUGUACAGAAUCGAAUUUCUGUUCGAGGCCAAGGAAUGCAGAGAUCCUGCGCCUCCAUGUCGACACUAUUCCGACGACAUGCAUGAGGAGGAAUAAACGUGACUUGAAGAACUGGUCCUCCGUUUUUUAUCACUCCAUGUGGGAGCUUACCAAGCUGGGAGCCCAACAUGAUGCCCAAGUGGCCGAGCAACACAAGAGGGUUGACGAGGCUGAGAGGGCCGCCAUUUAGAUCACUAUGGACUUCGAGGUGCGCGCGAGAAGCCCAGCACAAUAAACCCGAGAUCAAAAAGUGGAACACGGUUGGCAAGACUGAGCAUGGCCGCAGCCGGAUUGCCCAAGAGACACGAAUAUAACUUUAAAGAGGCCAAUGGCAAUCAUAUUCUAGAAGGACUCUCUCAUCCAGACCUAAGCACGAGGAGGCCCGGAGACGGCUAUGGACACCCUCUCCGCCCUUAGAAUAGACGUGACCGAGCACACCCACCACCUACGGUACACAAACAGGAAAUCGGCCAAUUUGCCGAUUUCCUUGGGCCAGAUCUUGCUACAGUAUGAAUGCAUCGUAUUUCUCAAAAGGCCAGGGCCCAGAGUGUGGGAUAAAACCCCAAGAUUUCAUUUCAGUAAGAGUCUCUUGAAAAUCUUGGGUUUGAUUGCAAGACCUAUCUCCUGUGUACGAUGUCUUUCUUACAUUCCAUGACGCUGAGGUAGCGGAAGACAGUACGUCUACUUUAAGUUGUAAGAAGCUCAUGCUGCUGAGAAGUGUUGACUGAGUUGAGUGUUCAACGAACGACUCUUCACCAAGUCAACACUUCUUAUCAGUCUUGUUGCUGCUCCUUUCGGCUGCCGGGCUGCCAGAUAUCGGCUGAGAAUGGAAUUCUCUUGCACUUUGUUUGACGGAUGGAUGACAGACAAGAGGUCCCAUUCGUUUAGAUUGAACAGUGAGAUUAUACAACUCCGUCCCGCUCCCUCAUAUCCGGUACAACGAGACUAAUUGGAGAUUUCACGAAUUGGGAGAUUCAAAAGAUGUAGUCUCUGCCUUCCAUAUCGUAUACUCUGGCCCUGUCUAUGCAGUCGAGCACCUUGGUGCUGUAUUGCACUGAAUGAUACUCCGAGGUUGGCAACGCGUGUGUGGGUCUCUUCAAUCUCCUCCGAAGUAGCAGAGGUCGAGAACACUGAUUUCUUGCACCGUGUGAGGAGGACGGAACUUCAUACUAAGGGAUCAAGACCUUCGUGACCUACUAUCUGAGGCCUCCAAGAUUGACAGUCAAGGUAAAGACAUCAUUUUGCCUGUAAAGAAGACUCCUUUCCAUGUAAGAUGCAAAUGAGCUAUUUGAAAGAGCGUUCGCUGGAAGGAAAGCUAAGUAGAAGACAUCUCUCAGAGCUUGCGUAAGGUGUUGGAAGUAGGAUGAUUGCUACAUCCAUGACUUCCACAUCGUGACGAGAUUCAAGUAUUCGAAGCACAGCAGCAUUUAUCUGAGUAGCUCGAAAUCGGUGAUACCAUGACACACGAUAGUCCUGGGUUUGAGAACGAUAAAACUCUCAAGGUCUUUGAUAGGGCUCGUCGACAUUGUGCAGCAGUAUCAAGGACUGGAUAUCUUGCGUUGGAACCAUUUCCGAGAUUCAGACGAUAAACAUGUAGAAACAAAAGCUUCCGUAUGCCAAUGGCAAUUUUUCUCACCCGGUCCUGAUAGUUUCGUUCAGAACGUGACCUCUUCCGCGUAAUUGUAAUAGAGGCAAUAAGGGUAAUCGUCCAUGGAGACAAUGUGUCGAGAAGCAAACCUGUGUAGAGAGUCCGAAUUACAAUAUUAUCUGGAAUUCCUAGCCGUAACUUGCGCUGAUUUGUCUCGGGGAUAGCAACUUCAGAUGGUGGCAAUCCAGACUCGAAGAGAAUGACAUGUGACUUGUGACAAGGUCACCUGUCAUCCUCUCAACUAGUUCGUAAUUUUACAAGGCCACUGUCAUCUCCGAAACCUGGUAGUCGGUGACUACCUGCAACACUGCCAGAUCACCCGACUCGGCUGCCAACUACCUCUCCAGUAAUCCCACCGCAAGACACUUACAAUCUCUACUGAGAAACUAUCACUGUCGAGGACUUUCAGUUGCAAAGGUCAUAGGAGAACUCUCCUCCGCAUGCAGCUCGAGUUCAAGGAUAGCUUGAAAGCAAAUCUAUCUGUCUACGCUGCACAUUUAUUCC